AUGGCCACCCAUACAGCCCCAGCUGAACCGUUGCUGGUUGUCUUGGGCUCUACAGGCACGGGCAAAUCAGAGCUAGCCGUAGAAUUAGCAACUCGAUUCAAAGGCGAAAUCAUCAAUUCUGAUGCUAUGCAGCUCUAUGAUGGCCUGCCCAUUAUAACAAACAAAAUCAGCGUCGAGGAGCGGUGCGGUAUCCCGCAUCAUCUUUUGGGCCAUAUUCCGCUUGACCAUGCUCCGUGGGAUGUAGAAGACUACAAGUCAGAAGCCGCCAAAAUCAUUCGUGAAAUCCGCAGCCGGGGAAAUCUGCCCAUCCUUGUUGGAGGGACUCAAUAUUACGUUGACCCGCUUCUCUUUAAAGACGUUAUCCUUGACGAUGUUGAAAUCGACCCUUCCUCAUCAUACCCGAUCCUGGAGGAGCCUACGGAUGUAUUGCUCGAAGAGCUAAAGAAGGUCGAUCCGAUAAUGGCGGAGAGAUGGCAUCCGAAUGAUAGGCGCAAGAUCCAGCGAUCACUGGAAAUUUAUCUGCAUACGGGCAGACCUGCAUCCGAGUUGUAUGCGGAACAAGAGAAGCGCAAAGCUGCGGCAGCUCAAGAACCAGAGACCAAUCAACCUUGGGAGAAGUUGCUGUUCUGGGUCUACUCGGAACGUGAAACUCUUGUUGAACGAUUGGACAGUCGAGUAGACAAGAUGCUCGACGCUGGGCUACUGGACGAGGUUCAAGAGCUUUUCGACAUGAAAAAGAAGAAGACGGCCGAAGGUCAGAUUCUAAACAUGACAAAGGGUAUAUGGCAAUCCAUUGGCUACAAGCAGUUUGAGCCAUACAUGUCUGCAAAGGAAGAGGGAAAGGAUCUAGCCGAUCUUGCAAAACUCAAGUCCAACGCAAUGGAAGAUAUGAAGGCGGCGACACGCCGAUAUGCUAACUCUCAGACUCGGUGGAUCAGGCUGAAGCAGAUCCCACGCCUCAAGGAGCAAGUCCCCAAGGCCUUUGAAAGCUUGUACUUGGUUGACAGUACCGAUGUCUCUCAGUUCAAGACCAAAGUCGUAGAACCUGCUGCUGAGAUCACUGCAAAGUUCCUCUCUGGGGAGCCUCAACCACGUCACACCGAGCUAUCAGAGUUGGCUCGCGAGGUGCUCACGCGAGUGAGUGAGCCCCCGCCAAAAGCAAUUCCUUGUAAAAGGACGUGCGAGAUAUGCCAAACAGUCUGCUUGACAGAGCAGGCUUGGAAUAGGCACAUUAAGAGCGCUGGUCACAAGCGAGUUAUGAAAAAGAAGAAGAGGCUUGCGCUUGUACCAGUAGACGACACCUUGGAUACCCCCUCGGAUGCUGAAGCAUCCUCAGAUCCCGACGUGACCUCGAUAUUUGCCGCUUGA